AUGGAGGAGGACGGGUCGCAAAUGCUUGCUCAGGCAGCACUCGAUCCAAUUUCGAGACCAGAGUCUACUUCGACAACUGCAUCGACAUCGUUACCACCACACGUACUGCCAGGCAUCUCAGCACUCGCCGCUGCCAACGCGGCUACAGACGUUACAGCUCAGUUGAGAGCUUCGGCCGCUCCAUCGCCCGCUGCUAUGUAUCCUACUGCAUCUCAUGCCGCGACAAGUGGGGGAUCUGGAAGUACCAUGCCUACCUGUCACAAUUGCAGUACCUCUACGACCCCGUUAUGGCGUCGCGACGAGUACGGUGCUGUUCUUUGCAAUGCCUGUGGCUUGUUCCUCAAGUUGCAUGGUCGAGCACGUCCAAUUUCCCUCAAGACCGAUGUUAUCAAGAGUCGCAAUAGGGUUAAAACCAUGCGCCCCGAUUUGGCGAAUAAGAAAAAGCAACAACAGCAGCAGCAGCAACAAGCAGCACAUGGAUUCGCCACGACCGAUGCGAACGGGUUCGAUACUACUGGACAAGCUGCUGCUCAUGCCGCACGACGGGCAUCCCAAAACAAACCGAACGGUCACGAUGGAGACUCCCCCAUCUCCCGCACUGGCACCCCCUCGAUGUAUGGCCAUAACCUAUCCUCUUUUAUGGUUGAAGACCCAUACCAGAGUGGCUUUGUCGCAACUGGAGAAGGCCGCGCGACAUCGCCUAUGAACGGAGAUCGCAAAAUGGAUGCACCUCAAUCGCAGGAGCAGCUCAUCGCGCAAAACUCAAGCCUCAAGACACGAGUGAGCGAACUCGAAGUAAUCAUAGAGCUUUUCCGAGGUCGUCUUGCCCAGUUGGAGCAACAAGAAGCCACUGCUAGAAACAGUCAACAGGUUGCGAGUGUCGAACAAAACCAAUUGCGCUCCGAGCUUGACGCAACAAGAGAGAGUGAGGCUCAGCUACGCGCACAACUUGAAGAUAGUCAUCGACGUGAGAACAGCUUGAAGCGACGUUUGGACGAACUCGAGCUUGAGUUCCAAGCGGUUCACCCAAUCGGCUCAGAUCCCGAUGAGCGACCUGCUAAAAGACCUCGUACCGUCGACGAACCCUAUAAGACUCAAUCCGAAACAGACAUUGAGGCUGCUGCCGAGGCACUCAUCGCUUCUGAAGCAUCUAGACCCGACGAUACUACUGAAACCGCCCGCUAUGUGGCUGCUGAAACACCCGAAGUAUCACAGCCCUCGGAAGAGACGAAGGAAACCUACCCUGCCCCGGAGACAGAUGAUGUUCCUAUCGACCCUGAUAUGCCUAUGAUGGAUGAUACCCCUCAAUCUGAAGAGAAAGCAAAGGUGUCAUUGGAUGCCGGUGUCCUUGAUGCCCCUGCCGCCACUGAUGCUUCUUCCGAGGCUGUUGAAGGUACAGAAGCUACUGCGUCCGAAACCGUGGCUGCGUGA